AUGUCGACCUAUGCUGCUCGCCACCACUCCUCCCAGCCUACACUCAACCGCAUGGAAAAGGGUGCUGAUUACAACAUCACACUCUUUCGCCGUCUGACAUGGGAAGGCACAGUCCCACUUGAAAUCCGUGUCGAUCCAAAGGAGCUCCCUGCAAACUCGGAUCGUGGGCUCGAAUGUUACUUCAUCCAAGCACCUCGUGUCAGCUACCUCCCUUUGCUAGUUAUAGAAAUAAGGAGAUUCCUCAUGGAUGUCGUAUUCGAUGAAGUAGCCGCCAAGACUUUGAAGGACGAGGAGUGGUGGUUUGAGAGUGAAGAGGGAACACUGCUCAAGUGGCACUGGCCAAUUGGUUUGAUCUACGACAACCACACGACUAGCACAUCCCUCCGUUCUCCGCUGGUUCCCUCCGCUUCAUUGGCCACCCCUAUGCGCUUGAUCCUGCAUCUCGCAGCCCCACCUAAUGAUAAAUUGUUCAUAUCUCCAAGCAUAGAAUCUUGCAAGCAAGCUUUCAUGAACCAACUGAAAGAAGCAGAUUUCAUCCGGUGGGGCAACACCCGUAGAAUGACUGGCCUUCGGAAAGCCGAUCAAGAUGGCUUAUGGGAAGGUAUCAAAGAACAUAGUUUUGACGAUUUCUGGCGCGUGGCCUCCAAGUUGACGCCUGUCGUCGGAACUACUCCACGUUCCACUUCACCUGCACCGACAUCUUCGAUAUCGCGUCCGAUAUCUACAGAUCCAAACCCUCCUCCAGAUCGCGACAGCGCAUAUAGCAUGAGAAGUAUCCCUGUUAGAAUGUAUCUGCCUGACGGACCAAUACUACAAGAAGUUGCCCCGCCGCUGAUAGAAGACGGAACGCCACAUACUCUUGCACACUUCGUCUCAAACCACCUACCCCUUCUAUUUCCCCCACGCCCGCCACCGCCUCCUCCUUCUCGUCUGAACCCCAACCCGCAAGCCCCUGCUGUUCCAGAGCUCGCCUACGCGCUGAUUCAAGGCGUCAUUUCGCCGCCAGAAGCGGAACUUGCGUGGUUAAGUGCUUGUCUAUCUGGUGCAGACGGUUGGCUGAAUAUUUGUAUUGGGAUAUCUCGGGGAUAG